GGUACAAACUAACAUAGAUUCCGUAGAAAAGAUAUGUAUACUUCGAUAUUCAACAUUACAACGUUUCAGCAACAUUAUUUUAACUUUCUGUGCUUUGAAUUCGUUGAAUUCGUUAAUGAAAUCUUUCACUCUCCACGAGUUUGCGCUGGAGAAAAAGAUUCACGAUCGAACUUCAGGACGAUUAUCUAACGGCGCCCCGAAAUCGAACGUCGGAAUUAAUAAUUUGCGCGCAGUUUACAGAAUACGUAUGUACAAUUUGCAAAUAACUAUUGAUUGUUCAAUUAACAAUUCGUUAUUUCAUGAUUUAGGAAUAAACGCGCGGCACUCGCAUCUCCCGUCUCGUUACCGUCCCUCAACUCGCCGCUUUCCACCUCGGCCGCGAUACUUCCGAGAGGGCGUUAGCGCACGGUGAAACGAAGCGAGCCACGCAAGACCGACCCUCCCGGCACUACGAACGCCAUAUUGUCGGAUAACAGAGUCCUUCGAGCGUUUAACAAUUAACGUCGAGAUGGACAACGGCGAAUUCAAUUUCGAGGGGUCUAUUGAUCGACAUGCGGCUGCGUCCAACGAGAUCAACAUGAUGGACGUCGACGGCAUCGAUUUCGACAACGAACUUCGUCGCAUCGAGAAUGAGAUCAAUCGCCAUAUAUCGACGCUACAGAGCCACCGCUACGAGUGCGAGAACACGGAGGUGAAAAUUCGCGACGUUAGGCAAUUGCAGCGAAAAGCGCAGUUCGUGCUGAAUAACGUACAGUCGGAGCAGGAGACCUUUUACGAACGUUUUAAGAACCUGAGUCUGAACUACGAGGCGUGUGUGGAGAGAUCGGGUGGCCACGAGGACCCGAACGAGACCAUUCGAGCGCGAAUAAGCGAACUGACGACGCGAAAAAAUGAGCUGCUGGACGAGCUGGCGCGAUUGAGAAGGAACUUGAACGACAACGGGAGGAAACUCGCCAACGUGAGGGCUAUGAUCGUGGAACAAGAAGGAAAGAACGCGAAGCAGCUCCAAGAAUUGAAGGAGAUCUCUGAAAGCGGCGUAUUCAACUCGCCAGAGAUAAAGGAACGGUUAGACGCCAUUCUCGAACGUCGGGGAGCAAAUGACAUCGACGAUGCUAUCGAUAAUACGCUGUAAUAAUAAAGUUUCU